GGCGUGACGCAACCUGUAUGCUCAUUGCAUAUGGUACAUUUUCGUUUGUGGUUUGUGGGAUACCACGUUUCUAAAGCAUCGUAUAUUAUUUUAUUUUUUGCCGUCUACCGUACCGUGAGGUAUAUGUAUAAAAAACAUUCUAAAAAUACAUUUUAUGUUUCUAAAAGACUUAGUUAGAUUGGUAAAGUACCAGUUUAGCGUACCUAGGGUUUGUUUUAGUACUAAAAUAAACAUGUCCUUAGAAAAAGCAAAACAAGUGGCAGCAUAUACAGCGGUAGACGAGUAUGUGACGGAUAAUUCUGUCUUCGGCGUCGGAAGCGGAUCUACUGUUGUAUACGCCGUUCAGCGCCUCGCAGAACGAGUGGAGACUGAAAAGUUGAAGGUGACCUGUAUCCCUACAUCAUUCCAAGCCAAACAGCUCAUUGUAAAACAUAACCUAGUUCUUGGUGAACUCGACACGAGUCCUCUUAUCGAUGUUACUAUUGAUGGAGCUGAUGAGGUGGAUGGCAACAUGACCUUGAUAAAAGGAGGAGGAGGUUGUCUGCUACAGGAGAAAAUUGUGGCUUCAUGUUCUAAAAAAAUGAUUGUUAUUGCUGAUUAUACCAAAGACUCAUCUAAGCUUGGAGAUAGAUAUAAAAAAGGGAUCCCAAUAGAAGUUAUUCCUAUGGCUUAUGUUCCUAUUAGAAACAAAAUUGUAGAUCUGUUUGGAGGAGAAGUAAAAUUACGCAGUGCUGUUGCCAAGGCAGGGCCUGUUGUUACUGACAAUGGAAACUUCAUUCUAGAUUGGAUGUUCACCAAUCAAGACUUGGACUGGAGCCAUGUUGACAAAACCAUCAAGUUGAUACCUGGAGUUGUUGAAACAGGAUUAUUUGUGAACAUGUGUCAGAAAGCCUACUUUGGACAACCCGAGGGGAAUGUUGUUGAGAGAUCUGCUUCAUGAAGAUCACAUUAUUUUUACACUUAAUUUUUUUUUGUUUCUGAGCAAGAACAUGGCUAUUAAUUAUAUAAGUUUUAAUUACAGUUUUAAGAAAAAUAUAAUAUAUAUGUAUCAUUACAGGUAGUUUUUGUUUGUGUUACAGGCCACAUUAUAAUCAUAAAUGUUAUAUUUCUAUAAUGCAUUUUAGGGGUACAAAUAUAUUUUAUUAUAGUCUACUUGGUAUAAAAUACUAUUUGUAAUAAUAACAAUGUUCAUGUCAUUUAUACAAUUAGACAGAAUUAAGAUAUUUAUAUUUAUUUUCUACAAUGUUUAUACAGAACACCUAUGCAGCUUUAGGUAUACAUCUUGUAGGUAAGCUCUUAAUGUUGAAUCACAUGUCAGUGUAAGUAUUUUAUUAUCAGAAUUGGUACCUCUGUAGGUAAUUCACCAUAUAUUCUGCUAAGUUGUUAUGGUUUUAAAAAAAAUGGUAUACUUUGGUUAUUAUUGAAGAGUUAUUGUAUAAGAGGUGUGUAAUUAAAAGUUGCUUGAAUCUUUUUACAGAUAGUUAUUGUUCAUAGAAAAUAGUAAAAAAAAAAAGCAUUAAAAUGCUCAACAUCA